CCCUGUUCUUUAAGCGCGUCAUGUUUGACCCCGGAAUUGUGCACCGCAAUGAUCCUCGAGAGCCCACCGUUCCUGCCCACCGAUUUGUCUUGAGAGUCAUCGGAAGAGUUCAUUAAUGUUCUUCGAGUUCCUCACCAAAUACUUUAGUAUUUUGAUGACAACAAUCCGACAAAGCCAUCAUCUUCAACCUUCAGCCUAUAAAUCAACCUCUGAAGCCCGGAUCAGCAGCGACCAGCGGCGAGGUUGGGACGGAGGGUUCUGAGACCAUGGCCAUGGCUUUCAAGAUGGCGACGGAGGGGAUGAGGGUGAAGCAGGAGUGCCUGAGCUCCUUCAUGGAGAUGAAGUGGAAGAAGGUGAGCCGGUACGUGGUGUACAAGAUCGACGAGAAGUCGAGGGAGGUGAUGGUGGACAAGGUGGGCCGUCCCGGCGAAGGCUACGAAGGCCUCGCCGCCUCCCUCCCCAACGACGACUGCCGCUACGCCGUCUUCGACUUCGACUUCCUCAGCGUCGACAACUGCCAGAAGAGCAAGAUCUUCUUCAUCACAUGGUCUCCAACGGCAUCAAGGAUCAGGUCGAAGAUACUGUACGCUACCUCAAAGCAAGGGCUGAGGAGGCUGCUCGAAGGGAUCCACUACGAAGUGCAAGCCACUGAUCCUACCGAGAUGGGCUUCGAUGUGAUCAAAGAGAGGGCCAAAUGAGCAGCGGAAUGGCCUCCACUGCAGCUGAUGCGUUCCUCCGAUCAAGAUCAGGGGAGAAGACGACGAUGUGAUUGGAGAACAAAGGCAAACGAUAUGAUUCAUCAUCAACAUAUAGAUCAUUACAAUAUGCGUUUGUGAAGCAUCAACUCCAUCCCACCAACUUAAAACCUUAGUAGAUUAUUUGGUUUUCCUGUUGAUCUCAUAAAAGUAGCUUAGAACGAGCAGCAGAGCAGCAACUGCAACGCCAAGUGCGCCUUGCUGUAGUAUGCUUCUUGUCUUCCCCCUCGUGAGGCAAGUCCGAGGUGGAGUGAAGCCCAGCUCUGAUAAUUUCUUGUG